GUGGGCGGUGGUAGCAGUGGAGAAGGAGAAGGCGCCAUUUCGAGUGAACUGAGGCCGGGCUGGGGCUGAAGGGACUUUAAAUCGAGUCUCAGGCCUCGGGGAGAGCCCUAAUCUCGGGGUUUAUCGCUACCCAAAGCUCCCUACGCCCCCCUGCCCCAUCUGGAGGGGACAUGGCGGCCGGAGAGGGCAUUGAAUUCAAUUUCCUGCUCAAUGACAUCUCACAGAACCUGUCUCAGGAGGAGCUGGACUCCAUGAAGUUCCUGUGCGGGGACAUCGGGAAGAGGCGGCUGGAGAAGCUGAGCAGCGGCCUUCAGCUCUUCCAGGUCCUGGAGGAACAGGACAAGCUCUCCCAGGAGGACACCCAGUUUCUGGCCAAGCUGCUGACAGGCAUCAAGAGAUCUGACCUGGAGAAGAAGCUGACAGCCUUCCACAGGGGUGGGGGUCACCUCCAGCAACCCACCUGUGAAGUUGGUCCAAACUCCCAUGAUCUGAAUGUUGCGAUCGACACCAUUUCAGAUAACAUUGGAAAAGAUUGGCGGAAUCUUGCGAGGAAACUUAGAAUCAGUGAGGUUCAGCUGCAACAAAUUGAAUACAAUUACCCGCAUGACAUGAAGCGUCAGAUUCUGAGCGCUCUGACAGAGUGGCAGAGAAAUAAAGGGUCGGAUGCCAGUGUGGACAAUCUGGUCGCUGCCCUCCGCAGCUGCAGGCUUAACAUGGCGGCAGACAUGGUCGAAGAAAACGUCAAUGAGAGCAGGUUCAGUGAAAAGCUUUUGUUUUGCAUACAACUCGUCAAAGUCAUACAGCAGACCUCAGCUAGGCAGUGCACAAGAGUCGGCACCACAAAGUUCACCGAACAGUCCCUAUCUUCUGCCUGCUAGAGGAUCUGCUGGAAGAACUGUAUCACAAAACACAGCCCGGGAAUGGGCCUUAGAUGUUAAUGUGAUCAAGAGAUGUGGGAUUAGUGCAAGCACUCUGCACCUUCCCCUCUGCUCUGCUUAUUGUGCUUGACUUUGAUUUGAUUGUAUUGAUGUAUAGUUUUAUCUGAAGUGGUGGGGGGGGGGUUGCUAGAGUAAAGGACCCGUUGGAGACUUGGGCUUGCACUGCUCUCAGCAACACGUCAAGAUCCAUCCUCGUGAAGUGUGCGUUAACAUCCCACGCUGCGUUUAGAUGCACAUCAACGAAAAUUGUCUCGUCCGGGACUUCUUGUCCUUCUGACGAUGCCGUGAUCUACCGGCCAUGGCCACGGUGACAUUGUUAACAUCAGGCACCACGCCGUGCUGUAUAAGUGUGCCGACAGACUCCAGCAGGUUUACUACUGCAUUCAACUCAAAGCCACUUUAGAAAUGAGUGGGCAAAAGACAGCGGUAAUAAGGUUGGAGUUUGUCUUGCCAAUCGAUUCCACAUUUAUUUUGUACAAAACCAAAUCAUUGUUCCCAGUAAAAUAUACCUUUUAUUGAAUA